AUGACUCUGGGAACGGUUACUGAUGAAAAUUCAAUCACCGCCUAUCCGGACUACACCUGGCAUGACAAUCAAGGACAUAAUUGUGAUGGAUUAACAUCUGUAUUCAGAGUCGCUAUAGAUAAGUGCAAUCGUCUAUGGGUCAUGGAUGCAGGGACGAUAGGGGAUAAAGCUGUGUGUCCUGCGCAGCUUCUCGCUUUUGACUUGAAUACCGAUCAGCUAAUCUACCGACACCGACCAGGCCCUAACGCUUAUAUAGCCACUUCGGUGUUCAUCACUCCAGUGGUAGAUGUACGAGGCGAAGGGCCUCAUGAUUGUGCUGACACGUUCGUGUAUGUGGCGGAUGUUUCUGGCUUCGGACUGUUAGUAGUCGAUGUGGCCAACGACCGCUCCUGGAGAGUUACUCACCGCUUUAUGUAUCCAUACCCCUCUCGAGGCAAUUUUACUAUUGACGGUGUAAGCUUCGAUGUUAUGGAUGGUAUAUUUGCUUUGGCGCUCUCUCCGUACGUACCUGGUCAGGAUCGCAUCUUAUAUUUCCACGCCUUAGCGUCCACUACAGAAAAUGUAGUACGCACCAGUGUCAUCAGGAAUGACUCAUUCAUUACCAAUUCCAAUGCUAAUCCCAACUCUAUUAAAGUUUUUCCUGAAGAAAGGCCAACUCAAUCAGCAGCUGAAGCUAUUGAUGAUAAUGGAAUUAUGUACUUUGGGCUGAAUGAUCCUCCCAGCAUCUGGUGUUGGAAUACCGGAACGGAAUUUUCCCCGCGUAAUUUCUAUCCAAUUGCCAUCGAUGAAGAAACACUUCAAUUUGCAAGCGGCGUGAAAAUUGUAAAUAAUCUAGCUGGUUCACAAGAGCUUUGGAUUAUGACAACAAGUUUGCAGAGGAUGUUGGCUGGCAUACUAACUGAUGAUAGAAUUAAUUACAGAAUACUUACUGAAAAAAUACCAAAGUUGCUUGAAAAUUCUGCAUGUAUGCCGCCACCAAAGAACAAC